GCAGGGGCGGCCUUGGGUGCUCUCCCGUCUCCCCGGCGCGCCCUCCUCGCCCGCACCGCUCCCCUCCCUCCCCCUCCUCUUCCUCCCUCCCCUCCCCUCCCCUUCCCCGCCGGUGUCCGGCGGAGGCGGCUCCAGCGACGGCGGCUGGGCUCCGGUUGUAAAGGAGCCUCAGCGACAGAUAACGGCGACGGCGACACCUCGGGGCUCGCAGGGCGGGGGCAAGGCCCGGGCCGCGGAGAUGGAGAACUCGCAGCUGUGUAAGCUCUUCAUCGGUGGCCUCAACGUGCAGACGAGUGAGUCGGGCCUGCGCGGCCACUUCGAGGCCUUUGGGACCCUGACGGACUGCGUGGUGGUGGUGAACCCCCAGACGAAGCGCUCCCGGUGCUUCGGCUUCGUGACCUACUCGAACGUGGAGGAGGCGGACGCCGCCAUGGCCGCGUCGCCGCACGCCGUGGACGGCAACACGGUGGAGCUGAAGCGGGCCGUGUCCCGCGAGGAUUCGGCGCGGCCCGGUGCCCACGCCAAGGUGAAGAAGCUCUUUGUCGGGGGCCUGAAGGGAGACGUGGCCGAGGGCGACCUGGUCGAGCACUUCUCGCAGUUCGGCACCGUGGAGAAGGCCGAGAUCAUCGCCGACAAGCAGUCGGGCAAGAAGCGCGGCUUCGGCUUCGUGUAUUUCCAGAACCACGACGCGGCGGAUAAGGCCGCGGUGGUCAAGUUCCAUCCCAUCCAGGGCCAUCGCGUGGAGGUGAAGAAGGCCGUCCCCAAGGAGGAUAUCCACUCCGGCGGGGGCGGCGGCGGCUCGCGGUCGUCCCGGGGCGGCCGGGGCGGCCGGGGGCGCGGCGGGGGGCGCGACCAGAACGGCCUGGCCAAGGGCGGCGGCGGCGGCUACAACAGCUACGGGGGCUACGGCGGCGGCGGGGGCGGCUACAGCGCCUACGGCGGCGGGGGCGGCUCGUCCUACGGGGGCAGCGACUACGGGAACGGCUUCGGCGGCUUCGGCAGCUACAGCCAGCACCAGUCUUCGUACGGGCCCAUGAAGAGCGGCGGCGGCUGGGGCGGUCGCAGUACCAGUGGACCUUACAGAGGCGGCUACGGCGGCGGGGGCGGCUACGGCGGCAGCUCCUUCUGAGAAGCUGGAAUUGCCGGGGAGCGGCGGGGGCAGCUCCUGGGUCCCGUACUCCUCCAGCGCCUUCCCCGUCUUGCCCUUGGGGGAGCCGUUGAGGCUGCUUACCCUGGGGAGUGCCCCCCUGUUUGCCUGGCACCUCUCGUCUCUCCCUCUGAAGAUGGACUAGAUCCCCCACACACAAUUUUGUGUUACAGUCAUUGAUGGACUCUAUUUUUUUAUUAUUACUUGGACCUUGGUCGUUUUUAUACUAGCAAGAUGUCUUGUUUUAAUUUGUGUUUUUUUGGGGGGAGGGAGUGAAUUUGCUCAUUCUGUAGCAAAACCCGGGCGGGGGUUUGGGAGGGGGAGUAGUUUACUUUGUUGUAAGGACUUGAUACCUGGCUACAGUGUUUUCUAUGAAAUCUACUUGGAUCCCAUGCUUGAAAUUUGGAAGCAUAUGUACAAAAAUCAUUUUUACGUUUUAUUUUUAAUAAAUCAUUGUGUUUGACCGUACAUGUCUAACAUUUUUUUUCUAGGAUCCAUUCCGUACCUGUUUAAGGGAUAUUGAUUUUAAGAUUUUUCGUGUGUGUAAUUCUGGACGUGUACUUAGAAAAGCUUUUCAGAGGCUCUGUGUUUUUGUCCUCCCCUGUUGCUCUGCUAGUGACAUGUUGAAGUUUAUCCCUUUCAGGCAAAACUUGAAGUGGUGGAUGUGACUUUUUAAAAUCUUAAUUUAUGUGCAUCCAUCGCUGUACUGAGUGAUUUACUUAGCAUCUUGACAUAGUUGGUCACUUUCUAUGAGACUUUACUUCAAAGUAUGUACUGUGCAGUUCUAAAGAAGUAGUUUGUGUUACGCAUGUGUUCUCAUUCAUAAACUGUUUAAAAUUUUUCAGAUGGCUGAGUUUCAUCGCUCUUACUGAUUUGUGUUUAAUGAAUGGUUACAAAUAAGGCUUAUGUUUUACCCUCACACUAAAUACAUUUUUGUAUUUUCAGAGCAGGUUUAAUCAUUUUUUUCCCCUCUAUAUCUGAACUGUUAACCUUUUUGGAAAUCCUUCUUCCAAUCUUUGUAGCACCAUCUACUGGCAGAAUGGCAGCAUGGCUGCAAAACCGUUUGUUCAGAAAGUUGUUCAGGACACUUACAUCACAUUUAGAAGUUUUGUCAUCAAAAAGUCCGUGCAGACUUUGGAGUUACACACUUAAUUGUAAUUGAGAUGGGCUUCACAGGAGUGUAGUUACCAGUCCAUAUCACAAUCGCUCUUCUUACAUGAGAUUUGAAAAUGUAAACUGCUAGGGCAGUGGCCCAAGUGGCUAUGACAACCAAUGAACUAGGUACAUGUACUGGUACCUUACGUGCAAGAUGUAAAGCAAAGUAUCUGUGUCUUCUGCUUGGUUAACGUGUAUAUUUGUAGUUCUUUCAUGCAAUCGAAUUCAAAUUGUUUAUUAAAAAACCUGAUAAUAGGAUAAACCCUCCUUCUGGUUAGAAAUAUAGAACAGCAACCUUUAUGGAUAUUACAAAUAAAGAGUUCAGUUCUUUACAUGAUUGAGUUGAGAGUAUGUAUAACCUGGUGGGUUGGUGCAGAAUACCAGUUAACCUAGUAUACUUGAUUUAAUGUUAAUGACAACAUAGUUGACUUAAAUUUUGGGUUUGAAAGUCAAAGCUUCCCAACAAGAGGGAGUAUUGGGUUUUAAAGUAAAAGGAUGUUUCAGUAUUGACUGUUUUAGAGUUCCUGUCACUGUGAUUUCUGAGUGUCAGGACUGUACAUUGAAAGAGUCAUGAAGAAAGGUCAAGUGUGCUAGGCUGGGUUACUGCUGCUCAGGAAUCACUUAGGCAAAGACUAGCUCAUUACUUGGCAAAUCUAUAUACCUCUGUGACAGUGGGGAUAGGUGUUUGUGCACUCUGGAGUAUGUAGUCGUGGACAGCUUUUUCUCAUAGUUCUGGUUUCCUUAAAUUUCUGUUUUGCGUGUUUGAUAAUACACACAGGCAACUUAAUUUGGUAAUUAGUUCCAACAUUGGGGAGACCAGAAGAUGAUAACCUUAACAUUUUCAUUACAGUUACUAAGGAUUUGCGGGUAGAAGGAUCUGUUUGUUCUGUUGACAUAGAUGGUGGAGGGUGGGAGUUUCAUUCUAAUAAGGUUAUUAUAGUUUUCUAUUCCCAACAUAGUGAAUUAUAGAAAAGCAUUUCCUGUUAAUUAGAAAAGUAAUUUGUUCAUUAAUAUUAGUACUUUGUUGUCAUGUGUCUACCUCUAACAGAUUUGUGUAAUCUGGACUGGUAUUCAGUGAAGGAGAAAACGUAAUGGUGUUUAGUCUUUCCUGGGUUCUUGUCAGUUUUUAUGGAAUCAUUUUUGGUGUGUGGGCUUUUUUUAGGGAAGAGAGGACAAACUGAUGUUUUGAUUCUCUUCACCUGAGAGAAUUAACUUGUCAUUUUAAAUUUUUAACAAGAUCUUUUAAUUUAGUAUCUUUUAAAAUGUGCAUUCAGAAGCAGUUAUUAGUUGAAAAUGGUUUACAGAGUCCUUAAAGAUGAUAAUAAUUUCUUUGGAAAAGCUUGCAAAUAGUUAAGCUUCGUAUUGCUAACUAUCAAAUCAAAAUGCAAACACCAAUUGUUUCCUCCUGUAACAAUGAUUUGGAACUUGUAGCAUUUAAAUCUAAGAAUGAAUGUUCGAUUUUAAGCAAGGUUAAAGGAUUCAGAUUGCUUAAAAUUUGCCAUUUAUAAUUAUUUCCCAACCAGAAGUGACAGUGUCUGUUAUUUUAUUUGUAACCCUACUUAUUUGCUGUUUUAGUGUGCUUUUCUCAAAUUGUGUGUGCAAUUUCUCAAAUUGGAGACUUUGUAUUUUAGGUUAAAUUUUGUGUGCCCUUGUCUUUGCUGGUUGAAAAUGGGCAUUUUGGAUGUUGGAUUUGAGAACUGCAUCUAGACUGUACGGAUUUUAUCCAAACUGGCAACGUUGGCACUGAAGGUACGUCUCUCCAUUGUUGCUCAGUUUAAUCAGUAUAACAGUUCGGUCCUUGAGAAGAACCUGCACUUAGCCCUGUUUUGGCCUUUUGGAUAGGACAGCAAAGUCUUCUUGUAACCCAGGGUGUAGCUGUGCUUUUUCCUUAACUGUCUGGUCGAUGGUUACUUUGGUGUGCCUUGUCUCAGUCUUUCUGUUGAAAUU